AUGUCAACACCUGCCCAGCAGCCUGUUGCGGACAAUCCUGCUGAGACGAAGCAACAAACCCUCUCAGAUGGCGAGAUCGGCCCCCUCAACACCUCCUCACCAGAGGACUCGGAGAAAGAGCAGCAGCAGCAAGUCGCAGAGGUUGGCGAACCUACCAAUCCCAAUCUGAUCAAUGGUCGCUCCAAGGGGAAAAUCGCCUUGAUAAUGCUGGCCUUGUGCCUGGCCGUGUUUCUCGGCGCUUUAGAUGUCACCAUCGUGACAACGGCUCUCCCGACUAUCAGCGACCACUUCCAGUCCAGUGCUGGCUUUACAUGGAUAGGUUCAGCUUUCUUGCUCGCCAACGCCGCAUCAAUCCCGUCAUGGGGGAAAAUCUCGGACAUCUUUGGCCGCAAGCCAAUGCUCCUGCUCGCCAAUGCCAUCUUCAUGCUUGGCUCCCUAAUCUGUGCUGUCUCCAACAAUAUUGGCAUGUUGAUUGCCGGACGCGCUGUGCAAGGUCUCGGCGGCGGUGGCCUGACGAUUCUCGUGAAGAUUGUCAUUGGCGACAUUUUUCCUCUCAACAUCCGAAGCGUAUUCUACGGUGUGAUUGGAGGUGUAUGGGCUGUAGCUGCGGCUACUGGCCCUGCCAUUGGUGGUGCAUUCACCGAAAAGGUGUCAUGGCGAUGGUGCUUCUACAUCAACCUCCCCCUCGACGGACUUGCCUUCCUUAUCAUUCUCGUUUUCCUCGACCUCCAUACCCCGCGUACGCCGCUUGUCGAAGGGCUCAAAGCCAUUGACUGGGUGGGCUCGUUUUUAGUGGUGGCCGGCACGCUCAUGUUCCUGUUCGGCCUAGAGUAUGGAGGUGUCUCGGCCCCAUGGAACUCGGUCGAAGUUAUCUGUCUACUCGUCUUCGGCCUGUUGACCUGGGGGCUCUUCAUCUUCUGGGAGGCACGCUACGCCAAGUUUCCAGUGAUGCCCAUGAACUUGUUCAGAAAGAUCAGCAAUGCCGCCACCCUCUUCUGCGUCUUCAUUCAAGGUGUUGUCUUCAUCUCCGCCUCUUUCUUCCUCCCGCUCUAUUUCCAGGCCGUACGUGGAAACACCCCAAUUGAAUCAGGUCUUUACGUUCUUCCCACAGCCCUCUCACUUUCUGUUGGCAGUCUUUCUACCGGAUGGCUGGUCGCAAAGACCGGCUGGUACAGAGAGCCCAUAACGUUUGGCCUCUUCAUGAUGACUCUUGGCUUUGGCCUGUUUAUCGACUUGGACGCCUACAGCGGGUGGGCAAAACUAGUCCUCUACCAGGUUGUCGCCGGUGUUGGAGUCGGACCCCUUUUCCAGGCGCCCAUUAUCGCCCUUCACGCGCACACAGAGCCCCGUGACGUGGCCACCGCCACUUCAACCCUUGGAUUUAUCCGCCAGAUCGCCCAAGCUAUCUCGGUUGUUAUAGGCCAAGUCGUUUACCAAAACGAGAAGCUCAAGCAAUACCCAGUUCUCGUCGCCGCCGGCAUAUCUCCCGAGCUGUCAAAGGUUCUGUCUUCUGGCGAGGCUGGUGGUGCGGAUAUUGACAUCAUUGCCAACCUUCCACCUGAUCAACGCGCGGCCGUCCGGAUUGCUCUUGCAGACUCACUCGAGCCAAUGUGGAUCAUGUACACGUGUAUCACUGCUGCCGGUCUACUUGCCUCUUUUCUCGUUCGCAAGAAGGUCCUAACCGACGUGCAUGUAGAGACCAAGACAGGUUUAGAGGCUGAACGUGAGAAUGCUGAAGCUCGCCGCCGAGAGCGAGAGAUGAGGAAGAAGAAAGAAGCUUCGGCAGUGUGA